UAAACAAUGUCGUCCUUAACCGGUGUACGCGUUAAUCUUUUCAAUGAGAAUUUUCUCAAUGAAUCCGAACAGGAUGCCAAUUCCGUGCUUACCGAAUUGGAUAAGGGCUUACGUUCCACUAAGCUCGGUGUACAAUGUGAAGCUAUAGUGCGUUUUCCUCGCUUAUUUGAGAAAUAUCCAUUUCCUAUAUUGAUAAAUUCCUCAUUUUUAAAAUUGGCUGAAUUUUUUCUAAAUGGUUCCAAUCUAUUACGUUUUUGGGUUCUGCGUGUUUGCCAGCAAAGUGAAAAUCAUUUGGAUAAAAUUUUAAAUAUAGAUGCCUUUGUUAAGCGCAUCUUUAUGGUAAUACAUUCUAAUGAUCCAGUGGCCAGAGCCUUGACACUGAGAACUUUGGGUGCGGUAUCGCGGGUUAUACCAGAAAAACAGCAAGUACAUCAUGCUUUAAGAAGAGCUUUGGACAGUCACGAUACUGUGGAAGUAGAAGCGGCCAUUUAUGCUAGUGGCCAAUUUGCCGCACAAUCUAGAUCUUUUGCCAUUAGCAUGUGUGCCAAAAUAUCCGAUAUGAUUGAAUCUUUACAAAUACCAGUGCCCAUGAAAUUGCAAUUGAUUCCUGUGCUCCGACACAUGCAUCACGAUGCGAACACAGCAGCUUUAGUGAAAAAACUUUGUCUUAACUUACUGCCCAAAUAUCCGGGAGAAAGUUUUGUGGUGGCCAUUUUGGCUUCGUUGACUGAAUUGUCGGCUAGAACCUUGACCGGAGUGCCAGAUCAGGUAACUUUGUUAUUGGAGUUUAAUAAUGAUUUGCGUAAACCGGUAAGGGCUCAAGCUUUAAAAUCACUUAAUAAAUUGGCCGAAAAACAAUGUGUUCAUGCUUGGCCUAAAAGUGCUAUUAAGGAUUUAAUAGCUAAAGCCUUUGCCUGUUCUGAGCCAUCGGAACAGUAUUUGUUUUUGGGCAUUAUACUUAAACUUAGUGAUUGCCCGUUAACUUGCCAUAUUCUGCUGGCCCAAGAAGAGGAACCACCCUCGGUGGUGGAUUUGUGCAAGAAUUGCUUGUAUCUAAAUGAUUAUGGUACCGCUAGCCAAGCUAUUACCGUAUUGGCUUCUUUGAUUGCAUAUGCUGAUGAGAGUAAUAAAACGGAACGUAUUAACGUGCUAAUGGAGCUGAUUGAUUUACAUUUACAAAGCUUGCUAAUGUGCACUAUACGCGAGCAGAAAUAUGCUGAAGACUUGCGUAAAAUAUUAGUCUGUGGCAUAAGGGUAUCAUCGGUGAAGCCAGAAUUUGGUGUGGAAUUGGUUACAAUGCUGGCAAAUCUCUUGAAUGACUCGGUGGAAUACCCAGCCGCUAAUGAAGAAGCUAUAUGUGAGGCGUUGGGUUCAUUAUGUUCAUAUUUUCAAUUAAGGAAAUUUGCUCCUUUAACCAAUGAAAUGGAAACAGAUCAAAGUACUCAACAAAGGACUAAUCCUGUACUCAAGAAUCUUUUGUUAAUUAUGCGUAAACUAACCACCACUACUGAACGUAGCACACCCGAGGAAAGUAUUAGAUCUAUAGAAAUCCUCUCCGCAGUGGCUUUGCAGGCCAUGAUGGGUUGUUUUAUGCCUACAGCGGUUAUGCGUACAUUCGAGAAAAUCAUUUUUAAAUCAAAUCCCUGGACUCAAUAUCGUAUGGCCCGUUCGGCAAGUCGUUAUGGACAACAUUAUUUGGCCGCCCAUAUUUAUGUGAAAAUAUCGCGAAGUACUGUGGUGGAUAAGCUGCACUUUUUCCUAACGGGUCUUUCGCAGUUGGCUCAUGCGGAAUGUAUUCUAAACUAUGGAGUAUCCUAUGAUUUUAUGCACAAGAACUACGAAAUAUGUGAAAAUCAUAUUGUACGCAGCAUGGCAUUGGAAGAGUCGAUGCCGUUAAUGCAACGUUUGGAAAUGGCAAUAAAUUUGUGCUGGCAAGCCUUGGCUAGCUUAAGAGCUAGUUCUUCGCCCUCUCAUCCCUUCACAUUCCAAUUGGAAUUCUUAAAAUUACGCGCCCAAUUUCUACAGACCCUACACUCGGCUGUAACCAUAAAAAAUGCCCAGAUUAUAGUGCCUCCACCAGCCAUAGCCGGUAGUUUGGCUCAAAAUUCCCGAGACUAUUUGCAGAAAUUUGGCCAUGUCACCAAUCAGCUAAGGAAGUUGGUAAAGGAAUUGAAAUCCUGUGAAGAAGCCUUUGGACGUUUGUAUAAGUCAGCAUUUGAUGCGGAUCCCACAACUUUGGAAUUCCUAGAGAUAAUACAAUAUCAAUGUGUUUUGUUUGCCCACAUUGUGGAGACCAUUUGUUUUGCCACUCCCUCAGAUCCGCCAGAUUUUCAGGCUGAAGGCAAAUGCCCAGAAACUAGAUAUUUAAUUAACUGUUGUCGCCGCAUGGAAGAAUUAAGCAAAUCGAUACCAGAAGAAGCGGCCAAUAAUAAAACCAUUAAUAAUUUCCAUUUAGAUAUCAUAUUGGCAGAAAUUGAGAUCAUUACUAAAACUCCCUUAUGUUUGCCACGCUAUUUCUUUCAAGUCUUACAAUCAACUCAAAUCAAGUUGUCUGUCAGUCCUCAACCGCGCAGCGAUGGCAAACCUGUCAAUGUACAAUCGGGCAGUAAUUUAGUAAUAAAAGUAGAGGGCGUCAUUCAGCAUUAUGGCAAAAAACCUUCCCUGUUUCGCAGUGUAGAGUCGGUACAGUUAAGUUUGGUUUCUAAGCUUUUAACACCAAGACCACCCGGCGAAACUAUGAAGCCUCAAAGUGAUACGGUGACCUUAACUCAGACAGUUAAGCCUCAAAGAGAUUUCUUAUCUGGUAAUUUCCUAGUACCCAUAUCAUCGGGCGGCCAAUGGCAAGUUACCUUGGAGACCUAUGUCAUAGACGAAAAGGGUAUUACCUGGUGCACCGGACCUAAAAAUUCCAUGUUAGUAAGAGUUUUAGAUGAUCCAGCCAAACAGCAACAGGCACCAGCUCCUUCUGCUCAAACUAGAAGAUUUUAAAACUAAAUCAUGAUCACUAAUCUUAAGUAUUACCAAUAAAAACUUUAAUUUUACUUUUAAA